GCCUACAGUAGGCUACUCGGUCACUUUGCAUAAGACUACACGUUUUCUAUUCUCUCAAACACAGCAUAUGCAUAAGUCGAAUUUCUAAAGAAUACGUUUGUCGGGCAUCUUUGCCAACAGUGCAGUUUCUGCGAUACCACCGCUCGGCAUUAAACACGCCGGAGAAUGCAGCGGGGCACGGAAGAAGAGGGAGAGAAGACGUACCGCCUUACGCAAUUGUUUAAAUGCAUUACUUCAAUUUGUAUAUAGUACAAAGGGAAGAGUAGCGCUUAUUGUAAUGAAACAUUGCACUGUGUACCUCGACAAAUACAUGAGCAGCCUGAACGAAACCGAGAAAAGACGAAUCGCACGCCCAAGGAAUUCAGAGACUUCCUUGCAGGGCCGAAUUUGGUGUGCUGUGAUGAGCUUUCAAAAUGCAAAAACAGGACACCUGCCAUUUUUAUGAGGGGGUAUUGUAUAUUUUUACAUAUUUUAUACUGUGUAUUUAAUAACAAUAUUUCAAAAUUAAAUAUCCACUUAUCAACUUUGAAUUCUUCUUAACAACGUUUUCACCUCAGUAUCCAAUUCUAAAAUAUUUUCUCCAUAAUGUCUAAGAAACUCUUGUUGAGUCAUUUGCACUUUUCCAAAUCCACGUGUAUGACCGUUACAAGUAAGGGUGCCUCGAUAAAUUCAUCAGUGCUCUGCAUGGCUGAGUCGGAAGUGACAUCACUUGGUGCUCAUAGGUGCAAGGAAUUUAACAGUUUGGUGAACUAACAUAGCUGAUAAUAAUAAUAAUAGAAAGGUUGCUGCUGCGUCAUGCAAGGCUGUGGUUGACCUGUGCGAGCUGAAAGCUUAUUGGGAUGAAGGUUUAGUUGUCUUUAACAGACUAAUUAGGAGCUAGCUUGUUGUUACAUUAAAAUGUAGAAAGCAGCUAGCCUGCAACUGUAAAUAUUUAUAAAUAUGAAUAUAUUGUAGCGAUCUCCAUUAAUGCAGGCAGGCGCAUCACACACGGCGAGGUAAUCCACACAGGCGGAGGGCGGGCGCGAACCCGGGACCUCUCUCUCGCACUAAAGUCUAGCACCAAUACCACUGUAUAAAAGGAGCCGGCUAUAUCGGGCUUAUGACUUCAUGUGUGAUUACGUCACCUACCAGCGCUGCUGCUGCCUUCCCCCCUGCACGCUACAAUAUUAAUGGAUACACUUUCAAAAACAGUUCGCCCACUUUUCGCAACUUUGUAACAUAUUUGUUUGAAAUAUAAAAGGACAAAUAACAUACAUGAUAAAAAAAAUAGUCUGUUCUCUCUCUCAUAUCGAAUUCUUGUACGUCACUAGCUUAGUUGGCUAUUCUGGAUAAGUUGGCAAAUGUGAUAUUGUUUAUUAGCGCUAUUAUAUAUUUAUUUAAAAUACACAACUCCAUACCCAUUUUCAAAAGAUUUGGCAUCUCUGAAUCUACAAUUACAUUGAUAAUAGUAUCUCUGUACAAGACAAACUUCCACAGUGGGAGCGGCCAUUUUGGUUUUGCUGCAGUUCACCAACUCUUAACCCUGGUGAAUCCGCUGCUUCAGCGGUGACGCACCGGUGAAUUUAACAACGGUUUGGUGAAUCUUCUUUAUAUCGGUGCAUGCAGCGGUGAAUUUAGCAACGCACCCUAACCCAUUCCUCUCUUAAGCUGCACAGGUGCUUACUUUUUGUCUUUGGUGCAGUAGGCCUUUAGGGUACACUCCUUCUUUUACCAACCUAAAACGGGUUGUACAUAAUACCGAUCCACAAAACUACAGACCAAUAAACCUGACUUCUAUUAUAUGUAAACUUAUGGAAACUAUAAUAAGAUCCAAAAUGGAAAAUUACCUGUAUGGUAACAAUAUCCUGGGAGACAGUCAGCAUGGUUUUAGGAAAGGGAGAUCAUGUCUGACUAACCUGCUUGACUUUUUUUGAGGAUGCAACAUUGACAAGGGAUAAUUGCAAAGCAUACAACAUGGUUUAUUUAGAUUUCCAGAAAGCUUUUGACAAAGUCCUGCAUAAAAGAUUAAUUCUCAAACUGAACGCAGUAGGGAUUCAGGGAAAUGCAUGCACAUGGAUUAGGGAGUGGUUAACAUGUAGAAAACAGAAAGUACUGAUUAGAGGAGAAACCUCAAAAUGGAGCGAGGUAACCAGUGGUGUACCACAGGGAUCAGUAUUAGGUCCUCUGCUAUUCCUAAUCUACAUUAAUGGCAAAUGACAUUUAAUAGAGAAAAGUGUAAGGUACUGCACGCAGGCAAUAAAAAUGUGCUUUAUAAAUACCAUAUGGGAGAUACUGAAAUUGAAGACGGAAUCUAUGAAAAAGACCUAGGAGUUUAUGUUGACUCAGAAAUGUCCUCAUCUAGACAAUGUGGGGAAGCUGUAAAAAAGGCCAACAAGAUGCUCGGAUAUAUAGUGAAAAGUGUUGAAUUUAAAUCAAGGGAAGUAAUGUUAAAACUUUACAGUGCAUUAGUAAGACCUCAUCUAGAAUAUUGUGUUCAGUUCUGGUCACCUCGCUACAAAAAGGAUAUUGCUGCUCUAGAAAGAGUGCAAAGAAGAGCAAACAGAAUUAUUCCAGGUUUAAAAGGCAUUUCAUAUGCAGACAGGCUUAAAGAAUUGAAUCUAUUCAGUCUUGAACAAAGACGACUAUGUGGUGAUCUGAUUCAAGCAUUCCAAAUUCUAAAAGAUAUUGACAAUGUCGAUCCAAGGGACUUUUUCGACCUGAAAUAAGAAACAAUUACCAGGGGUCACAAAUGGAGAUUAGAUAUUGGGGCAUUCAGAACAGAAAAUAGCAGGCACUUUUUUACACAGAGAAUUGUGAGGGUCUGGAACCAACUCACCAGUAAUGUUGUUGAAGCAGACACCCUGAGAUCCUUCAAGAAGCUGCUUGAUGAGACUCUGGGAUCAAUAAGCUACUAACAACCAAACAAGCAAGAUGGUCUGAAUGGCCUCCUCUCGUCUGUAAACUUUCUUAUGUUCUUAUGUUCUUAUGUUCUUAUGUGUCACUUAAAUGUUUAGUCAGCCAUGGUUGAGUGAAAUGAACAAAACACCACUCUGGUUUAAACACUUAUUAAGGAAGAUUACCUUAUACAUUCGCCCAGUGUUGAAACUCUCCUGUACAAUGUCACAGGUAGAACAAAAACACUUGUAUAAAAGACCCUCAUCUUUUUUAAUGUCUGUGUUGACUCGUGGUCUACAACAGAGCUUCAGUGUUGUGACUUUUUAUAGCAUCGUACUGCUGCACGUAGAAGCACAGGUUUGCCUUUGUGGUGCUUAGGGUGAUACAGGAUCCAAGGGGUGGGGAAGCAGGUAACCUUUUGGCAAUGUAAACAAACAUGGCAUGUCAAUAAAGUACUCAUUCUGUAAAGUAGGUGCACAUAGUACAUAAUAAUAAUAAUACAAAAAACAAGGAUUGGUUUGUGUGUGUGUGUGUGACAUUGAACUGAACGGGAUAACACUACAGACAUUUACAUAGGUCUAGAGCUCCUCUCAAAACUGCAGGUGGCCAUUAUUGUUGUAUAAGAAAGAUACUGAAGACCAUGUCAUUGUUUAUCUUUCUGUCAAUUCAGGCAUGUUUUUCAAUGUGGUAUUGGAGGGUAUUGGAAUGGGAGUUGUUGUCUUGACACAGAGAGAUUCCAAAGCUCCACCUUUUGUUUAAAAUCAGGAACUCCAAAAAGCCUGACCACAGGCUGGGUCAAUGUGUGUAAAUGAAUGCAUGAGCAGCUGAACAGGAAAUAGCUCAAGGACUUUUAAGAAGCAAUGAGGAAGUGCAGUAUUUGGGCGUUUCUACCCAUUCUGUUCUCUCUAUUUACCACUGCAGGACUCUGGAUCGUGUAUUUCAUAGCUGUGGAAGAUGAUAAAAUAAUACCACUGAACUCAGAAUACAGAAAAGAAGGAUCUAAAGCUCCACCUUACAUAAGUAUUGCAGGUGAUGCUCCCCCUGCAAGCUGUGUAUUCAGUCAAGUCAUGAACAUGGCCGGAUUUGUAGCGUUUGCAAUUGCUGGUCUCAGAUAUAUUCAGCUGAAGCCUAGAAUGCACACACCAUGGCUAAACAUUGGCAGCCUGGUUGCUUUAUGCCUGGCAUGCUUUGGAAUGACCUUACUGGGAAAUUUUCAGCUUUCAAAUGACGAGGAGCUACACAAUGUAGGGACAUCGAUGACUUUUGGAUUUGGGACCCUUGCAUGCUGGCUUCAGUCUGUCGUGACUCUCAAAGUCAACUUAAAGAACGAAGGGAGGACAAUCGGAAUUCCACGAGUCCUGCUUUCAGCUGCUAUUACUCUCAGUGUGCUCCUGUAUUUCAUCCUGAUGGCUCAGCGUUUGCACAUGCACGCUGCCCAAGUCCAGUGGGCUCUCGUGAUGUUCUUCAUCAGUUUCCUGGGGUCCUUUGCAGUGGAAUUCCGACACUACAGGUUUGAAAUUGUGUGCACAGAUGACCAAGACAACAUUCUGAGUCUAUCUGAGACCUUCUCUGAGAUCUCAGAGCACCAGUCUGACCAGCUGUAAUGACUGAGCAGCAGCAUCUUCUACCUUACAGUUAUCUUGUGUUUUUAUACUUGAUCAAGGAUCGGGGGCGUGCAAGGCUGUUUUAUUCAGGCAUGCAUGAAAAAAAAAAAAAUACUGUAAAAGCCUGAGACUUUCUUUAUCCUUCUUGAAUCUACAAAAGCUGGAAAGGACGGAUGUACAUAUCAAUCCUUUGAAUCUGGCACCAGAAUGAGAAGCCGCAGGUUUAUCCCCAUCAAUAAUAAAUCAUUGUAUUCCUUGUUGCAAGGGAGGCUACUGACAGGCGCCAGCAGAUGAUGUUACGCAGUCCUAGUUUGUUGUCACGGAAACCUCUUUGCAGCACCCACACUGUUCGGUCACAAGACUGAGAAUGUAAGCUAACAUCACUGAAAUCAAAUAAAAGGCUGAUAUUUGCAUGGCACAUGAGUAAAGCUAAAAGUAUCCCCGUCUUUUUUAGGGUCAUACAGUUUUCACUAUCAGCAUGAUUUUUUUUUAAAACAAGUUCUGUGUGUUUUAUAAAAUUGUAAAAUUGAGGUGUCCCAUGAGACUGAACCCACAUUAUCAGUUACUAAAUGAGUGCAACAGUAUACUUCAGAAAAUACCCUUUCCCAGAAUAACUUAAUGCAAUGAAAGUACUACUGUAAUAGAGGCAACAUCCAUCAUUUAAAAGCUUAAACCCUCAGGAUACAUUUUAGACUUGUUGUCUAAACCUAUAAUUCAGAAAUAACUACCUAAAGUGGCCUAAUUAAUGUAAUAAAAGGGAUGGAAAAAUGCUAGCCGUCUGAACCCUGUCCAGGCUAACCCUUGGCCACCAUGAUGUACUGCACUGCUGAACUGUCAAACAUCUGUUCAUGCAUUAAGGUUCAUGGUUUUAAAACUUAGCAUUCUAUAUGGCAGUUGGUUUAUAAACGUCUUAAGCACUAAUUAAAAGGGAGCACCUUUACACAUGCUUACAAAAUAAAAAGAUAAAUCAUCUACAGUCAUGAGCUGAAAGAGUUUUGGUAGAAGGACCCAAGUGAGUGAAAUGCUUGUUGAAAGACAUGCCAGUGACUUGUCUAAAAUAAUAUAGGCAACACACUGCACUUCCUAAAUGUGUUUAUUUAGGUUUCACUCUCUUGGAUAAUCCACGGUAAGUUAACAUGGUGGUUACAGCAUGUACUGUUAUUACACAUUAAUCAAAUCCUUUUAUCUAACCAUGUCGGAGCAAUUCAAAACCUAAUUCUCAUUUACUGUGGAGACCUAGGGAAUAGGGAGGAGAAUACCCAUAGCAACGUGGGGUACUGACAAAGCCAAACCUUAAGUUCUGAGAUCUAAAGAUCGAACGGCUGCAAAACUUUUUUUUAAUUCAUCAUGGCAUUUUUUGGUUUGCAAAUUAAUGCCAAGGGCCACAACACUCCUUAACAAUCCUAAUAAAAUCCUUAACUAAAUCACAUUGACAAAUGUUUCGACUAAUGCCUAACCAGGGUUUCUUAUGGGUUUACCUCAAUAUAAAAAGCUGAGAUUAAACUUUCCUUGUGGAAAUAUGUUAACUGCGUGAGAAUAUGUGUGACACUUUUUUUAUCCAGACCAGAAAGUGUGGUACUAUACUUAUGACCAAUCCUAGGUCAUGAAGAUAAGCUUUUAUGCCAUGCACAGCUGUGUCCAAAAAGAGAACGGGGGAGGGGUAUGUUUUUUUUUAUAUUGUGUAUGAUGUAAAAUCUUUUCUUACUGUAAAUGUAUGACUAUUAAAGAACACACACACACACACACACACAUCAGUUAAUAUUAAAUAUAUUGUAACAUACAUAUUCAUGCCAUGAUAAAAUAUACUCUCAUCAUGCAUGUUAUUUCUUGUGUAAAUUGCUGUUUGCAUUGUUAUGGAUGUGGAUGUAACUGAAUUAAAGUCAGUAUUAAAUCAAAUAAGCACUGUGCCUCAUCUUCGUGACCUUGCCGUACACUGCAUUAUAUACUGGAUCUCGUAGAGCUCCCUUUUUUUUUUCAGUAGUCGCCAAUUCUAUUUUUUUAUCAUUUUCUCCCAAUUUAGAAUAGCCAAUUACUUUUAGGCUCAGCUCACCGCUACCACCCCUGCGCUGACUCGGGAGCGGCGAAGACAAACGCACACUGUCCUCCGAAGCGUGUCCCGUCAGCCGACCGCUUCUUUUCACACUGCAGUGCAGACCCACCAUGCAGCCACCUCAGAGACACAGUGUAGGA